UGUCAGCUCGAUCUCUUACAAUUGCUUAAUAUUAAUCUUCGGUCCAUCUAUCGGCUCUGGACAUGUUUGCAAAUGACUUUAGGCUGUGGAUUUCCAUUCGUAGGCCUUGUAUUUGAAAAUUUGGCAUUUUGGCAGCUCUAUAGCUUCUUUUCAUCGCGACGUUCAGCUAAGCAAUUCGGUUCCUAUUCCAUCGUCUUUCUUUCCCUCUUCCCCUCUUCCCCUCAUGCCUUCCGCUUUGCUCGUUGCCGUCAUCGUUGUCGCGUUGGCAUUCGCACUGAAGAGAUUAUAUGCAUCGCAAGACCAAACUUCACCUACUCAUGGUACUCAAGUUCGCGCAUACAUCCUGUCAAACGAAGUCACACACGCAAGACUUCUUCCAGCGGAUUCUGCACAUCGCUUCACCUAUCAAACCCUUUCGUUGUUUAUCUCACUCAGCGCGCUCGAAGACCACAAGCUUGAUCUGGGACAUGGCUGGUUAUUCGGCUACGGUGGAGUGUCGUGGAGAAUAUCCGGUUUACGGGCAGAUGCUUACCUGGGACCUAAUAUGAGUAAUGGUGGUAAGACAAGCAUCAAAGAGAAACUCGUCGCCCUUCUUUACUCACGGGGCUAUGACGCAUCGCCGAUGCACGACGCUUGGAUGUUUACUAUGCCAAGCUAUUUCGGACACGAAGGUAUAAAUCCUCUAACCGUGUAUUACUGCUAUACAGUACCCGAUGCGCUUUGGCUGCUUGUUUUGGAGAUUCAUAACACAUUUGGGGAGCAGCACGUGCAUAUCCUCGAAAUAGGGAAAGGCGAAGAUGGAGACUGUGCAAAAGGUUAUGAUCAUCAAUGGACCUUCCAUCGUCAAUUUCACGUUUCCCCUUUCAACGACCGCUCGGGAUCCUAUAAAGUCUCCAUAACCUCCCCUUCCCAUGCACCGUCAUCAACAAUUCUCGGCGACUCUCAAGCUAAAGAUCAUUAUCCACCCUGCCCAAUCGUCCGGAUUCAUCUGCACACUGAAGAUCCGAAUGCGCCCAACAAGAUCGGGCCACUGAAGCUGAUCGCUUCCCUCCACCCCGUUUCCUCUACACCAUUCACUUCUGGGAAUUGGUUCAAAUCGCUUGCUCAUCAACCAUUCGUUCUGCUAAUGUCUUUACCCCGUAUUCUAUACCAGGCAUGGAUAUUGCAUUACGGUAGACGUCUUGAUGUUUACGCCCGUCCAGAUCCCUUACCUGUGCCUCAAAGGAACUCACAAAAGCCGGCUGUUGAGCAUGGUGAAAAUGGAGGUGGGGUAGGAUGGAACCCAGAGACCAUCUUCGAAAGCUUUGCUCGGCUCCGCGUCGAGUCGUUUUUGCAAUCACGAGCUACCAUGUCUGGUGCAGCUAUCAAGCUGAUACCUAUGGUGCCUUACAUGAAACCCAAAGAGUUCCUACCUUCCUGUGAACCUAGAGAAGUGGUCCAUUGGGACCUAAUCAUAUCCUACCAAUCCUCGCGGUUCUUCAUUUCGUGGUUGCUAGCUCCUUCAGUGAAUCACCUCUUACUGUUGCGGAAAAACGUCGAAGGUCCAUUCCAGGUAUCAUCUGAAGAAACCUUCAAGAUGCUCUUGUCUCCUCACACUAUAUCUUUUGGCCAUGCGGGUUUCUAUCGCGUAUGCCCUUCUGAUACAAGCCCUGAUCUCAAAGUACGGACUUCUUACGCACAGCGACUCCGAAUGACAUUCCUCCCAUCCUCCCUCCUCACGGACCCUCAUUUUCCCAUCCCGCCUCACAACCCCACAGACAACCCCACCUCGAAAUUCGAUCUGCCUAUGCUGCUCAUCCUCACAUUACUGUUCAUUCUUCAGUUCUUGGAGAAAUGGAUCUCUCACCUCUUCAAGGCCAGAUUCGUACCGGGUCAGGAACCAUGGCUACGUUGGGAGAGCGCGUACGCUCGGUUGGACAAACCCGAAGACGAGAUCUUGGAUGACUCGGACGAAGUUUAUCUUUCUUCGACAUACAAACUUGGUAGCCAUAGGCAUGAUGACGAUACUCAAGGAUCGCUUGAAAUAGCUCGCUAGUAUCUAUGAAAGGGGGGGGGAAUAGAGAGGAGCCUUUCAUGCCCCACUGAGCUACAGUAUCAUAAGCCUUCGGCCCUUUCAACUUUGCCUCGAGCAACUCGAGGAUCUCAACCCUUUACAUUUGCGCAUACCACUCUCAAUGCCGUUUGCCGCUGUUGUACAUGUUGACAGUGCUGCUAAACGGCAAAAUUGUGUAUGAGGCCCACCACAGGGACCCACAUUAACAAAGAAGAGAGACGGAA